CACUGAUGCACACUGAUAGGCGGUACUGAAUGGCACUGAUAGGCGGCACUGAUAGGUGGCACUGAUUGGCAGCACUGAUAGGUGGCACUGACUGGCAUUGAUAGGUGACACUGACUGGCACUGAUGGGUGACACUGAAAGGCAGCUCAGAUGGGCACUGAUAUGUGGCAUUGAUGUGCACUGAUGGGCACUGGCAGGUGGCACUGCUGGGGCUACACAGAUCAUCAGGGCACACUGAUCAUCAGUGCCCUAAUGAUCACUGUCAGCGUGACAGCUCGUGAGGAGAGAAAUGCAGAUAACCGGCAUUUCCCUAUUUACAUGUGAUCAGCUGUGAUUGGA